CUAACUAAUGAAUGUCGAGCCGAAAAGCGGGUUUUAUCAAACAAUAACCUUAACGUUAACUGACUGGCUAUCAACUAUCGUUGCGAUGAGCCAAACGUUAGCUAAUAAAUGGCUUGUGUCGACAGGCAGAACUAGCAUGUUGCGUGCUAACUUCAGGACAAAUGCUAACCAGCCAUCUGUCAAGCAACCAUCUUGACUGAAGUCAUUCGUUCAAUUACUUUCGGUCUUUGUAAAGACGCAGGGAAGCAAUUGCUGAACAUCCCAAAGAAACCUUCUAGAAGACUUCAUCUCCCACACAUAAGGAGCUGAUAUCAUGGCAAUGGAUGCGGCUGUGAUCGGUGCCAACGGAGAGAUGAAGGUUUUCUACAACCAGAACCUCAGUCCCAGCAAAGGUGUCCUGUCCCUGGUGACAGUCCACCCACAGUCUCUCUCUGUGGGCAAACAACUGCUUCCCAAAACCCUGGGGCCCUCCAACGUCAACAUCGCCCCACACAUGGUGAUGGGUACCCCUCAGAGGCCCAGUGGGUCAGGGGGGUUAGUGAUGGGCAGCCCUCACACACCCAGUACCCAGUACAGACCACAGAGCCAGCCCCCUGAUGCCUCUCCCUGGUCCACCGGGAAGCGUGGUACUGGUAAGAAGGGGGAUAAGAACGGGAAGGGUCUUAGGCAUUUCUCCAUGAAGGUGUGUGAGAAGGUGCAGAAGAAGGGAGUAACUACCUACAAUGAGGUGGCUGACGAGCUCGUGGCAGAGUUCAGCGCCAACGACACCCUCCUCUCGCCCGGCGACUCGCAUUCCUACGACCAGAAGAACAUCCGACGGCGUGUGUACGAUGCGCUCAACGUGCUCAUGGCCAUGAACAUCAUCUCUAAAGAGAAGAAAGAGAUCCGCUGGAUCGGCCUGCCCACCAACUCAGCCCAGGAGUGUCAGAGCCUGGAGGUGGAGAGACAGAAACGACUAGAGAGGAUCAACCAGAAACAGUCUCAGCUUCAGGAGCUCAUUCUACAGCAAAUAGCGUUCAAGCGCCUGGUGCAGCGGAAUCGUACAGCGGAGCAGCAAGCGGGCAGGGCUCCGCCCCCAAACUCUGUCAUCAACCUGCCCUUCAUCAUCAUCAACACCUCCAAGAGGACCGUCAUCGACUGCAGCAUCUCCAACGACAAGUUUGAGUACCUGUUCAACUUUGACAACAUGUUUGAGAUCCAUGAUGACAUUGAGGUGUUGAAGAGAAUGGGUCUGGCCUGUGGUCUGGAGGUGGGCCAGUGUUCACCAGAGGACCUGAAGGAAGCCCGCACCCUGGUGCCCAGAGCCCUAGAACCCUAUGUUACAGAAAUGGCCACGGGUCCAAUAAGCAACGUCUACAUCACAGGAGCCUCGUCUACAAACGGAGGAGGACGCCGUCACACAAGUAGCUCCGAUGGCACGGUGGCGUCCAUUUCCAACGGCUCACACUACAACGCCUCGCGAGGCCACACCCCCGUGUCCUACAUGGCAGACGAGGAAGAGGAUGACGAAGACUACGACGACAAUGAUUAAAUCAGUAGUUUCUAACUCUGCCAACUCUUUAACAGCCCAGUUUGAUGACUAACCAGCUGUGUUCCAAAUGGCUUCCUAUACCCAUUAUGCUGAACUACUUUUGACCACGGCCAUAUUGGCACAGAGGUAGUGCACCGUGUAGGGAAUAGUGCCAUUUGGAAUGCAUGCAGCCCGUGUCCCAUGAACAAGUCUCUCCCUUCCUCCAGCUCCAUCUCAGGCCUUCCCUCCACCCCACCAAGCUAUCUACGAGGAGGCCCCUGCUUCUCCUUCCUCAACUGCCUUCAGAAUGCACAGAGCUCACCAACGCAAUGGCUUUCUGGGAAACGUAGUCUUUGCUGACACUAUGACUGUAUAAUGCCUUUUGUGGGAAUUUUAAUUUAUUUUUUUCUCCUUCUGAAGCUGUGAUUGCUAUGAGUAUAAUCUCCACAAUGUGCUCCUCUUCAGCCCGCCUCCCCAUUACAGGAAAUGGGAUCUUUCUCAUGACAAACUCGUUUUUUGUUGUUGUUUCUUGAGUGACCUGAUACACGGCCACAGAAAGAUUCCCUCCAGAAACCUGAGGUCUUGUGUGGCUGUAUUAGUGUUUAACACCAUGAACAGUAGUGGUGUGUGUGUCAUUGACAUGACAGUGAAAUUACUUCCUAUACAGCUCCCAGGGGAGUGUGGUGUGUGUGUGUGUGUGUGUGUAGCUCC